UUCGACCCCUGCUGAGUUUCACUAGCAACAGAUCCCCGAGACUGAAACGCGUCGCAAUGGACAUCCAGGAGUUUCGUAUGCGAGGGAAGGAAAUGGUGGAGUACAUCUGCGAAUUUAUGAGCAAUAUCCACAGUCGGAGAGUAACGCCGGAUGUUGGUCCCGGAUAUUUGAGACCUCUGCUGCCCGCGGAGGCACCGCAACAACCGGAAACCUGGGAGGACAUCAUGAGAGACGUGGAAUCGAAGAUUAUGCCGGGAAUCACCCACUGGCAACAUCCACGUUUUCACGCAUACUUCCCAGCCGGAAAUUCUUUUCCAUCCAUCCUCGGCGACAUGUUAUCGAACGCGAUAGGCUGCAUUGGAUUCUCAUGGGCGGCCAGUCCGGCCUGUACCGAGCUUGAGACGAUAGUCUGCGAUUGGUUUGGCAAAGCUAUUGGUCUACCGACGGAUUUCCUCUAUUUCAACUCUGCCAGCAAGGGUGGAGGUGUAAUCCAAGGGUCAGCCUCGGAGUGUGUUUUAGUGUGCAUGCUGGCAGCAAGAGCUCAAGCGAUCGCCAGGUUGAAAGAAUCGCCUGCACAUUCACAUUUAGACGAAACUGCACUUCUGGGAAAGUUGAUGGCCUAUUGCAGCCGUGAGAGUCACAGCUGUGUCGAGAAAGACGCCAUGAUCUGCUUCGUGAAGCUGAGGAUCCUCGAGCCGGACGAUAAGAGCGUUCUCCGCGGCGAAACUUUGCGUCAAGCUAUAGAGGCUGAUACGAACGAGGGAUACAUCCCAUUCUUCGUCUCUACUACUUUAGGCACCACUGCUUGUUGUUCCUUCGACAAUCUCAAGGAAAUUGGACCAGUUUGUAGGAAAUAUCCAGGCGUAUGGCUGCAUGUGGACGCAGCGUACGCCGGAAACGCGUUCAUCUGCCCCGAACUGAAGUACCUGAUGGCAGGAAUCGAAUACGCCGAUUCCUUCAACACCAACACCAACAAAUUCCUCUUAACUAACUUCGACUGUUCCUGCUUAUGGGUUCGAGACAGAUUCAAGCUGACCAGCGCUCUCGUCGUCGAUCCACUUUACCUUCAGCACACACACGCUGACACAGCUAUCGAUUACAGACACUGGAGUAUACCGUUAAGCAGGCGUUUUCGUUCGUUGAAACUAUGGUUCGUGAUGAGAUGCUACGGUAUAUCAGGCUUGCAAGCCUACAUUCGAAAUCAUAUUCAACUGGCGAAAAGAUUCGAGGCGUUGGUUAGGAAGGACGCGAGAUUCGAACUUUGUAACGAAGUUGUGCUCGGCCUGGUGUGUUUCCGUGCGAAGGGCUCCGACAAAUUGAACCAGAAGCUUCUUAGUACCAUCAACGACUCUGGUAAACUGCAUAUGGUACCGGCGAGGGUGAAUCAACGGUUUACGAUUCGUUUCGCGCUUGCUGCGCCGAAUGCCACUGCCUCUGACGUUGACACCGCUUGGAGCAUUAUAACUGAUUACUUGGCGGAAUUAUUGGAAUCCAAGGACGUUAUGGACGAGCUGGCGGAUAUUCGCGAGAAGAAGAGGAAAGCUACUUUGGAGCAGAGAAGAUCGUUCUUCGUUCGUAUGGUGUCUGAUCCAGCGAUUCAGCCAGGAUUCACGAAAACACCAAAUAGGACAGGUGCGAAAUUGGACACUCAAGCGACGAUCGGUGGAAUUGGCUCGAAUCCUCAGACAACCACACGUUCCUGGAUCUCGUGGCCAUUGGCGUAUUUGAUGCAAGCGAAAGACGCUGCAGAUACCAGCGAAUUAUCUCUCAGAUUCCGUCACCUGGACACGAUGGUACGGUUGAAGGCGAGCGGCGCCGGAAGUCGCCGCGGCAGCAGUCGGUUCACCUUCACGCGGAAGAUCUCCGAACGGCAGGGCGUAAAGCGUCCCAUACUCAUUCACCGUCAUUUCCUAAGGUUUCUUCAGGUGCAUCGACAAAACAAGCUGAACUCGAAAAGUCUAACGAAAUCGUUCUCGUCUGAAUCUUACUUAACGGAUACUGUCGGCGAAACGAUUUUCUAG